AUGGACCAGAUUAAAGAAGCACAAAGCAAGGAUAAGUUCGUAGCUAAGGCCUUAGAGGACCCUCAAGGAAGGAAAGGAAAGAUGUUUACUAAAGGUACAGAUGGAGUGAUGAAGUAUGGAACUAGACUAUAUGUGCCUAAUAGUGAUGGAUUGAGGAGAGAAAUAUUGAAGGAACCGCACAUAGUAGCUUAUGUGGUACAUCUAGGGGCUACAAAGAUGUAUCAAGAUUUGAAAGAGGUAUAUUGGUGGGAAAGACUCAAGAAAGAUGUAGCCGAGUUCAUCUCCAAGUGCCUGGUUCUGGGAAAGUUGCAGGAAGCAUUGGGCACUGAAUUGGAUUUUAGCACUGCUUUCGACUCUCAAACUGAUGGCCAAUCUGAACGGACUAUUCAGACAUUGGAGGAUAUGUUGAGGGCCUGUGUAAUAGACCUUGGGGUCAGGUCACCUAUUGGAUGGCUAAAAGUGAGAGAAAGGAAACUCUUGGGGCCUGAGUUGGUGCAGGACGCCACCGAGAAAAUACGCAUGAUUCGUCAAAGGAUGUUAACAGCACAAAGUAGACAAAACUCCUAUGCUGAUAACAGACGGAAGGACUUGGAAUUUCAAGUGGGAGAUCAUGUCUUUUUGAAGGUCUCACUAACGAAAGGGAUAAUGAGGAAGUACAAACCGGAUCCAUCACAUGUAAUACGGUAUGAAACCAUCCAGUUGAAUAAUGAUCUGACUUUUGAGAAGCAACCGGUAGCUAUCCUUGAUCGGCAAGUCAGAAGCUCCGUUCGAAAGAUGUAG